UUUGGAAGCAAUCUGGCAACCGCGCGUGUCGCCGCUCCCGCUCCAGCAGUUACAGUUCUCACACGGAGAUUAUAUUAUAAUCCAUAUAAUUCCACAUUCACGAGCCUGAUUCUUAUGUUUAGCAAAUAGCUGCUGCAUAUAGGCCUUCAGUAGAACCUACUGCGUUCGGCAUUUCACCGUAAUUGACGCCGUUCAUGUUAUUUUCCUCCACAAGUCCGUCAGUCUGGCGUUUAGCGUUAAGCUACCGAACUUAGCCAGCUAGCAUCAAAAUCAAACCAAGCUUGUCCUGAAGUCCCGCCGAAAAAAAGUCCAUAUAAUCUAUUUUAGCUUCUGCAUCAAACUGAGUCUACGUAAACACUUCCCGGAGGGCUUGGCUAAAUGAUGAUGAGACACAGCUGGGCUAAGACGCCUCCCUCCGUCACGCUGAGGAUCAGGCCCUCGGUGGCUCUCAACCUGCAGCUCCGGAGAGGUCUCCGCAUGAAGAGGCCGAAGCUCCAGGAGGCUCGUGGCCCACCGGGCAAAAUCCAGCACCAGCAAAAGCACGGUAGAAAAUGCGACGAAAUGCCGCGGCCGUGUGACCAACCGUGGGGCCCAACUCUGGUCAUACAGCGCCAAGAGAUGGCUGCCUUUUUCAGAUUGUUUGAUGAUGACCUCAUACAAGAUUUUCUGUGGAUGGACUGCUGUUGCAAACUUACGGACAAGUAUUUGCUUGCCAUGACCUUUAUCUACUUCAAGAGAGCACGCUUCAGUAUCAGUGAACACAGCAGGAUGAACUUCUUCAUUGCUUUAUACCUGGCAAAUACCAUGGAGGAGGAUGAGGAAGAGACAAAGUAUGAGAUCUUUCCCUGGGCGCUGGGAAAGGGUUGGAGGAAGCUCUUCCCACGCUUCCUGAAGCAGAGGGAUAAGCUGUGGGCACGAAUUGAGUACCGUGCUGCUGUCAGCCGUCGCUGCUGUGAGGAGGUGAUGGCCAUCGUUCCAUCUCACUUCAUUUGGCAGCGUGAGCGUGCGGAGCACCACAGUGGAGCCCAGCGGCUGUACCGGGAUCGGGAAGAGGUGCACAUGCCUCGAGGCCCAACCGCCUCCCCUGAACCCUGCUCUCUCUGUGCCAGAACCUCUGUCCUUUCCCCUCCAUCCUCUUCCCCUUCCUCUUUCCCUUUGCCCCUUGCACUGAACCUCAACUUGGAAGCCACACCACACUCCAAGCACCAGGCUUUCCACCAGCCAAGCAAGAAGCCUGCCUGCGCCUGCGGGAGUGAUCUGGACAGCGAAGCUGGCCAUGACUAUUCCAUGGACUGGAUCAAUGAGGAAUAGAUUCCAACCACAAAUGGAUAACCAGUUGAGCAUUACCUGUUAACUAUACAACUGGCAUCAUCUACACGUGUCUAAAUGGCGAGGAUUUGGGUCAGUCACUGAAAUAAAGAAUUAGGGGUGGGCAUUAACAGACUAACAGAACUAAAAUAGGCUUGACAUGGAGACAGGCUGGAUAUAGCAAGGAAUAGUCCCUAAUAAGCAAUAGUACUUUUGCCACCCAUCUAUAUUAAUGAUGUAAUUUCACAUCCUGUACAAAAAAGUUCCAUAUUUUAGGGCUUAAUCAUCAGAGCCUUAUGGAAAAAAACGUUUUUCUUCCAGAAUAUAUUGCUAUGCAUAGGCUUUAUUUAUUGUGCACUAUGUAUCCUGUAUCACUAUAGCAUUUAUUUAUUAUUUAUUUAUUUAUAAAGUAUAUGUAGUACUCCUCUAUAUACCACAAGAAUGUUCACAUUUUGCACCUGUAUUAUUUAGUAAAACUGUCUCUGACAUUGGACGUGUUAAUAUUUAACAGAUUUCCUAUGCAUACAUGAAACUGCUUAAAAGGCUGUGAUGGCACUUGUCAAAUAAAAACAUGCAGCACAUACAAAUAGUAAAUUCUGUAAAAUCUGUCACAGAUUUUCUGAUUGAAUCAGCUUUUCUUCAUGUACUGUUUUGAAAGUCAAAUGAAUAUGCUGGUUAUAUAGUUUUAUUACCAAAAAAGAGGACAAAUAAAACAGUUUGUACACACAGGUA